AUGAAUGGAUACCCAAAUUGCUCCGCUAACCACACUAAAAUUUGGAGCCACUAUUUAGUGCUUGCACUGGGCAUUCCUCAGCUGACCAUUAACAUAACAUCUGUGAUCUUCAACUGCACAGUCAUCUUCACCAGGAUGGCAACAAAGGACCUGCGCAAGCCUAUCUCUAUCCUCUUCUGCAAUUUGGCUUUUUCUGAUCUCUUCACCAGCUUUUCUGGCUUUUGGAUUUCAAUGCUGUUCAUCACCAAUCCUGACAUUACAAUCUUUGGAUCCAAGGAUAUGCUUGCACCUUAUGCCUUAUAUACUACAUCUAUUUUAUCCACUAUCUAUAACUUGGUAAGCAUUGGAAUUGAACGCUAUCUGGCUGUGGCUGAAAGCAUGAGGACGAGAUUCAGGAUUGCUAGAAGCCACUCCAUAGCUGUGGUUUUAAUUAACUGGGUCCUUGCUUUCUUGUUGGGCUGCUUGCCUUUGAUGGGGUGGAACUGCUUGCAUGUGGAAGAAAAUCUUUCUGUCCUGUACAGUCCAUUCUGUGUCAACUACCUCAUCUUCAUUGCCAUUCCCAAUGUUGUGGUGGCUUUUAUUAUACCUCUGUUCACUUACCUUAGAAUCAUUAUCAUCCUGAGGAAAAGAAAGCUGAGAAUGAAGGCGUGUGGACAAGCCACCAGCACCUACAAAUCAGCUGAAAUCCAGGUGGCCAGAACCAGUAUUUUUAUUUGGCUCCUGGCCUUGAUCUCCUACGCUCCUUUUUUCGCAGGAGUCAUAUUUGAUGCAACUAACCAACGGUGCCAGACUGAUCUUUACCCUGGUGUCUACAUCUUUCGGAACUGCACAGCUAUGCUGAUAACCAUGAACUGUUUGGGGAACCCCAUAAUAUACACCCUGAAAGCCAAAACUCUGGGAGCUAAACUCAAGACCCUGACGUGCCUCUCCACCGACCGCAUCCGAGCCUGCACCAUCGAGAACAUCUAGCGGGGACUGCCCUUGCUCUGACCCGGACAGACACUGUGAGCAGACACGGGGACUGCAGCGGGUCCUGCCGCUCCGGGCCGCGGGGCGGUUCAGCACCCGGCGCAGGGACAGCUCCGGGGCGCGGAAGGAG